GGGCAUCUUGACCGCACCCAACAAAAUUCCGACUGAUCGAGUGGAACAUUUCGACGAACAUCAACCGCAAGUCCCAAGACCACCGGAUCACAGUCAAGAUGGCCCCCCCCAAGAGAGCCGCUCGCCCUGCGCAGGAGAACAUUUCUCUGGGCCCCCAGGUCCGGGAGGGUGAACUGGUUUUCGGCGUUGCCCGCAUCUUCGCCAGCUUCAACGACACCUUCGUUCACGUUACCGAUCUCAGCGGCCGUGAAACCAUCUGCCGUGUUACUGGUGGUAUGAAGGUCAAGGCCGACCGCGAUGAGUCCUCUCCCUACGCUGCUAUGUUGGCUGCUCAGGACGUUGCGGCCCGCUGCAAGGAGCUUGGCAUCACUGCCCUCCACAUCAAGAUCCGUGCCACCGGCAACGGCACUAAGACCCCCGGCCCUGGCGCCCAGUCCGCUCUCCGCGCGCUGGCUCGCUCCGGCAUGAAGAUUGGCCGCAUUGAGGACGUAACUCCUACGCCCUCCGAUUCGACCCGCCGCAAGGGUGGUCGCCGUGGUCGUCGUCUCUGAUUUUGCAGGGACUGGUGGGUGCGCUGCUGGGGAGAAUCCGGUUCUCAUUUGGGUUUUUGCUGUGGUAUUGACAACUACGAGGGGAACGGCUUAAGAUUGCCUGGUCUCCACAUCCUGGCGUUUGUCACAUGUUGCUUAUGGCACAUCUGCAGCACUUGAAAUAGAGAAUCAAGACGGAGCUACAGAGGUAGCCCGGAACAACGCUGCCUUGCGUCGAGGUCACCAGCAGCUCCCAGUCUUCCGGUUUUUUCCCAAAAUAACCCAAUGACCACCGUGCCGCCUGAUAUCUGUUGCAAGUGCCUUACCAACCGGAUAUCUUGGCCUUCAGUUUACUGUGAGAUGCUAAACCCUUUGCUCUCACCACCCGGUGUCACUGGCCCAUUUCCUCCCAAUAUCGACAAUAUUUAACAACCAAGUGCUGGUAAGAGCAGUGCGCUA